UUCAAACACUUACAAAAUUUCCAAUUCUAAAAUUCAUUCUUCUAGUUCAGUAUUCUCUGUAUUUUUUUCCUUUUUUUUGAUACUCUCAAUGGAAUAUGCUGAUGAAUUUUUUGCUUUGGAGAAAAUCAGAAGUCAUCUUCUCGGGGAAUUUUCACCAAAAACUUUGAAAUUUGGAGCGGAAUUGAUGAGUAAUAAGUGUAGUGAUACUGUGAUGGAGAGUUCUAAUUCUGAAUCUGCUAGUUCAGAUUCUCUUCCGUUCGAUUUUUUCUCCGAUUUUGAAGCUGAUUUCUUUCCAUUUGGAACUGGAGUUUCUAAUUUGAGUUCCGAACCAGCUAAUUCGGUGAAUAAUCGAAAGGAUUUUGUUAAACUUGAAUCGGAGCAGUCGAUUUCAAGCUCUGAUUACGAGAAAAGUCAGAGCAAAUGCUUUCAGUUUGAAUCGGAACCUCAAGUAUUCAUCGAUCUUACUUCGCCGAAAUCGAGUAGCGGUAGUGAUCGGAAACCUUCACUGAGAAUUGAUUUACCUCCGGUGAAGAAAUAUGAGUGGAUCGAUUUCGGUAAUUCCGCACACUCGAAUCCGACUGUUUCCAUUUCCGUUCAACAGACGAGGAAAGCGGAGGAAAAGAGGCAUUACAGAGGAGUGCGACAGCGGCCGUGGGGAAAGUACGCGGCGGAGAUCCGAGAUCCGAGACACCGUGGUUCUAGAGUUUGGCUUGGAACAUUUGACACCGCAAUUGAAGCGGCGAAGGCUUACGAUAAAGCGGCAUUUACGAUGCGAGGAAGUAAAGCGAUACUGAAUUUUCCUUUGGAUGUCGGGAAGAACCUGGCAAAUUCGAGAUCCGCCGUGGACGGCGGAGUGAAGCGGCGGAGAGAAUCGGCGGAAACUGGAGAAGAGAGGGUACUGAAGAAAGUGGAGAGGUGUAAGGAAGAGGAAUCAUGGCAAUUAACGCCGUCAAGUUGGAAUUUCGUUUGGGAACAGAAUUGUAACGGAAUGUUUAACCUCCCGCCAUUAUCACCGUUAUCUCCUCAUCUGGGCUGUUCGCAGCUUAUUCAAAUCUGAAGUAACUAUAAGAGCAAUACUUCUAAUUUUUAAUGUAAAAACAAACUAUAUGAUCAUUAUGAACCUAGUUUAUGUUUGUUUGUAUAUGAAACAGAUAAUUUGAUCUUUUAUACACAAAGUACCUACUUGUUUCAUACUUCA